AUGGUGCCGCCUGUCCCGCGAGCCGCGCGGCACCGGAGGGGCGCGUGCCGGGAACCGGAACUGCCGCACAGAACCGGAAGCCGCUUCCGGGAAGGUGGAGCGCUCUGCCCGCGUGACGCGCGCGCGCGCGAAAGUCGCGAGACGGCAGCCCCGCCCUAUGGGCGAAGCGCGGGAAGCGCCGCGCCCUCGCCGCCUAUUGGCCCCACGGACUUCUGGGGGCGUGGCACAGAGAGAAGCUCCGCCCCUUCCUCUGUGUUUUCCCCGGCGGGGCGGACGGUGACGUAGUUUAGCGCUGUCAUGGCGGCCGCCACCGCUCACCUUCUGCUGCUCCUGCUCUGCGCCGCCACCGGCCCCGCCCUGGGCUGGGACCGCCCGGGGAAGGUUCUGCUGAGAGACGUACAGGCGCUCACUCUCCACAGAGGGCAGUACACGACGUCCCGGCGGACACCUGCGGUCCCGCAGCUGCAGUGCACGGGAGGCACUGCGGGGUGUUCCCGUGUCCCUGAGGUGGUUCAGUGUUACAACAAAGGUUGGGAUGGCUAUGAUGUACAGUGGCAGUGCAAAGCAGACUUGGACAAAGCCUACCGCUUUGGACACACAGAAGUGAGCUGUGAAGGCUACGAUUACCCGGAUGAUCCUUACAUCUUGAGAGGCUCCUGUAGUUUGCUGUUCAGGCUAGAGCUGACUGAGGAAGGUGAAAGGAAGGUGAAGACCUCUGGAAGCUUUGGUUCUAGCUAUUAUCAGUCAAGGCAAGAUUCUUCUGAUUCUGGUUCUGGAGUGAUUGUUGUAAUAGUUCUUCUUGCUCUUGCUUUUGGAGUAUACAAGUUCUUCCUCAGCAAUCAGCAGCCUCAGCAGAGUCCCGGUGACAGUGAUGGAUUCGCGAGGCCGUUCUGGCAGAGUCAGCAGGCACCUCCUCCUCCUGGCUUUAAGUCCAGCUUCACAGAUGACAAUAGCUUUGGAACUCAUUCCCAUCAUGGAACCCCUUCAGGACCAGGAUUUUGGACUGGAUUAGGAGCAGGAGGCUUGCUAGGCUACUUGGCAGGCAGUCACAGAGCACAGCCACGUUCCCCGUAUUACAGUAUGUGGACAGAUCCCACAGCUGCACCUCCUAUGAAUGAGCACUCAAGCAAUUCCACGCAAGGUAGCAGUUCAGGAACAAGAACUGCUUCUGGCUUUGGGGGCACAAAACGAAGAUGAAAUCCUUGACGUUAUUACAUCGGAGUCAUUGAACUGAAUCUUCCUGUGCACUUGUAUUUAUUUUACUAAUAGUAGGUUUCAGAAGGGAAUGUGAAGUAUGAAAGACUAGGCAAAAAGAUCCUUUCUUUCUUUGUGGAAAUGUGAACUCUCACUGCUGUGUAGGAUAUCACAAGUGCUGGAACAUCCACUGUUUCGAAUCAGCAGCGUCUCAUACAGAAUAAACUCAUCCAAGUUAAGAAAAAUGAUGUUACAGUGACUGUAUAUCUGACUGUACUUGAGGGAUUAUGGCAAUGAUAGCCUUACCAGAUUUUUUAACAAGUAGCUUGCUAUUCAUGUUCUGGGCUUAAUUUCAUUUGAUCUAGAAUUUCUGACGUAUUUUUUCCACCUCUUUCUUGGUAGUCCAGCAUCCACCUGAUACCUAAGGAGUGCUGCUCUUUGAAGCUACUUUUGUUCGUCAUUGUAGAAUUCAUGUGAACUUUACUGUAAGUGCAGUCAGCUACUCAGAUAAGUGUUGCAGGUUUUCCUCAGUGGAAAAGAGUAAAACUGUAUAUAGAGAGACUAACAUUAAAAUGCUUGUAUCUGUGAUGUGUGACUGUUGGAGCUAAAAUUUGCAGAUUUGAGGAUGCUCCAUGUUUCAGAGCUUAUCCACGGUGACUGUGCGAACCUGGGGGAUUUUGCGUAUAAAUUAGGGGGGAAGUAAAUAAGUAACCUGAAAAGAGACAAGAUGGUUUUUCUCUAAUUUGAACCUUUUUCUGGAAGACUGAGAUAAUUUAAAUUCAGGUGAUAGCAGACAUUUUGCCAGCAUUGAGGCUACAGACUUUGCUUUUAAUGGUGGAUGUUGGCAGUGCUGUGAAAACUUCUGAUGUGAAUGAUCUGUCCUGCUAGAUGACCUGUCCAUGACACAGUAAACCAAAGGUGCUUAUUGCAAAGGGAAGGGAGCAUUCUUAAUCCAGAGCUGGUAGAAUCUGUAGAGCACAGCAGGCCUUGAUACUAAGCUAAAAAGAAAAUUGAAUGUCUAACAGGAUGGAAACUUUACCCAGUAUACUUUUUCAAAACAAAGUGCUGUUAAAGAGUGGGAAGCGGAGAGGCUUUAUUCUGUGAUGAUAUUUUGGGGACUCUGAGAAGUAUCAUACAGUUCUUGUGUGAUUGACUCUGCCCUGGGAGAGGCAUUGCUGAAAAGAAAGCAGAGAAAUUUCUCAGGAUUGUGGGAAGAGGGCAAAAGUGAAAAAUGGGCUGCUUGACCCCCAGGUCUUCUCCAGAGCUCAUCCUAGUAGAGUGUAGAAGUGUGAUGUGCACAAGUUUUGUAUGCUGGCAGCAGCAGGAGGAGCAUAGCUUUCAGCCUUGUGAAAGUAAGGUGUCUGGGAAUUGAUAUAAACUAUUACAGUGAAAGCAAAGCACUGCUUUGCUGAUACAAGUUGCACCUCCACAAGGAGAUAUAGCAGGUCUGGUUAGUUUCUAAGAAGGUGACUUCAGCAUAACUGCUCUGAAAGCAGCUAUGAAUACAGAAAAAAUUGGCUCAUAUGAUUAUGCCCAAGUUCAAUGUCUGGCUUACUCAAACAAAAGAAAACCAAAGAAGAAAACAAAACCAAAAUAAACAAGCAAACAAAACCAUCAAAAAACACAGAAGUCUGUAUGAAGUCAACAGAAGCUAUGAAAAAGUGCUUGCACUGAAAAUGUUAUUUUGAAAAUAUCAAAUGAAAAUUGAUAACUUGAGGGUAAAAUGGCUGUUUGCUUCUCAGAGCUGCCUGAGGGUUGGGGAAAAAUAACUGCAUUAACAAUCUGCAUUAUGAACCUAAAAACAAAAAGGGAAUCCCUUACUGAUGGCCUGUUAGAAAGUUCUGCUUUUUAUGAGAAGUAGUAUAUGAUAAAUCUCUUACCUUUUUGACAAAGUGUAGCAAAAUAAUGUAUUUUAAAUGUGGAGUUUUUACUUAUUUCGAAGUGUAUUCAGGUUGAAACUUGUCACAGUCAAUAUUCUCUUUGCCAACUAAUUACCUAACAAUGAAACUGGAUUUUUGCUAACUGGGUAGUUUGAAGCUGAAGUUAGCUCUCAAAUUACAACGUGCUAUGAAAUGUUUUAGACAAUGUUUUCAUAUGUAUUUAUGUAUUUAUAGUUUCUGCAUGAAAUGUGAUUUGAUACAUGAACCUGAUGAAUACUGAAUACAGUUUCCAAAUCUGUAGGAUAUUUUUGCCCUUCCCUUUGAUAAUGAAAUAAGUGAAUAAGGAGUACUUUUGUCUUUUAAGCAUUAUCUUGAGGCUUGCAGGGAUGGCAUGUUCUGUUUUUUCAGAGUUGUCUGUCUCCGUCCACUUCCUGGGUGGUGUAAUGUCAUCCUUUACCCCCAGACCCAGAGUGGGUAAGCUGUAUGUUGUUUCAAUAAAAUAAAACAAUUCUGGGAAUAGAGUAAUUAUAAUGAUUGGAUUUUCAAUAACAAAAUAUUGAACACUGUAAGGAAUUAAAUGCUUUCUUGUAAAUCAUGGUUUUGGAUCUGAGUCUACAGAAAAGCUCUGUUAUGUUGUCAAGUUCCUGGUUUUAGAAGGUGAUGAGCUGAACCUUUCAAAAGAAUUUCUGAUCAUUGCUGUUCCUGGUUGUGUAUGUAGCAGAACUCUACACUGGUAUAGCCUAAGCUGACAUCAACUUCUUACACAGAGAAUUUGUCACUGGUGGAUAGGGCCCUGGUCUACAGAUAAAGGCAGUUCAACUUCUUGGCUGUUGUAAAGUAGGGUUAAACGGAGGCCUGCAAAUUCUGUUACCAGUGUUUCCUUGGUCAAACAUAAGGGAUGUUGCUGAUGCUCCUGAAUGAAAAGAACUUGUGGAAGGCAGCUUAGAGUUCAUACUUGUGAGAGGCCUUGAGCUUCCUUCCUGAGCAUCAGAUCUGGAAGGUCCUAGUCUGUCUUCUGCUCCUAGGCAGGGUUUUGGCAGCAUCUUCACAGCAACUUCAUAGUUGCAAGGCAUAUGUAAAUGCUUAAACUGUAAAAUGCUGUUGUAGAUAAUUGCAGUUCUAUUUGGCAUCUGGGACUAGUACUUCUCAUACUCUGACAAGGCUUAUAUCCUCACACAAAGCUAAAGCUCAUUACAGGAACGAAACUCCUGGUUUUACAGCUGACUUCCCCUGAAGCAUGUGAUGAAAGAAAAAAAAGAUGCACAGAGAUAAGCUUUUCUCUAUGCUGUUCUGUCUUGUGACUCAGCUCCCAGGUCAGAUCUUGGCUAGUUCUGCAGACUGUUGCUACACACCUCACUUUUUUCCUAGGUGCCGUGUGUGUGUUAGACUUACCAGCAAGGCGAGAUGGUAGGUUGUUGUUUUUAAAAGUAAAAUUCUUCCACGAUCAUCACUUUAUAUCACUAAGUUCCAGAAGGGGAAUCAAGCCAAGUGGCACAAUUUCCAGCACUAAGAGUUGUUGCAGAGAGAAAUUGCUGGAAUAAAAUAGCAAGUGAUGCCUGCCUGCAUAUGCAGCACUUGCACAUAAGACUGUUGUCCACUUAGCACCUAUUAAAAGUGCUGUAUUUUUAUCUCCUUAGUAAAGCAAAUUAGUAUUAGUUCUUAGUAUUUUCAGAGUGCCCUAUCAAUCAGUGAUUGCGGUACAGAAAUAGCCCAGUUGCCUAUGAACUAAAGUAUAUGAGCAAAACCACAAAAAUGCUAAAAAAUCUCACAGCAGUGGAAUCUGUACCAACGGACAAUGCUGUUGUGUCUAAUGAAACAUAAUGUCAGGUUCUCCUUCAAUACCUAUUGGGGCAGUUCAAGGUUGAGUGCUGCGUGGGAGAGGCUCUUUAUCACUCAGCAUAUUUUGCUGAAACCUUCCUCUGCAGCCAGUUCUCUUGCUUUCCUGAUAUUGUAUGUAAGCGCAGUAGUCUUCACUUUCUGACACCUCUGUUUCUAUUCCAGCUGUGAUUUACCAGUGCUAAUGAAAAUAAUCAGCUGACUAUCUUUAUGUGGCCUGUAUAUCUUAUCUCCCACUGUCUUCCAUCCUGUAGUUCCCUCUGUUCCUGGUGAGUGUCAAUGUUUCUUUUAUCAAGAAAGUGACGAGCAUUUGCAAAAAGUGCACUGAGCUGGGAAUGGAUGGAGUAGAUGGAGUCGAAGUCAAGCAAGCAAACUGUCAGGCUGUGAACUGACCUGUGUGGGCAGUAUGUCUGUGGAAAAAGGUUUUUUUAGCCUUCUGUCAGAGAAGCAUUUUUGUCCAGGGUACAGUAUUGGCAGCUGGUGAUUGGAGCAGAUUAAGGGCUGGUGAACUGGCAGCAAGGAGAAGACCUGAAAACAUCCUCUGCAUCCUACCUUAGGAAUGACUUAAGACUUGUAUAACCAGGAAGCUGGCCUAGGAUGUGCUAACUCAGCCACUCCACAGGCAUGCCAUUGCAAAUCCUGUAGGUAGAUGUAUGUUUAAAGAUAUCAGAUCCUUCUGAAAAUGCCACAAUGCUAGUGCCAAGCACAAGGAAGGGGACUUGGCCCUGCGUCCAUGUUUCUUUCCUGAUGCAGUGUGACUUGGAAUGAACAGAGAAGGCCAGAAAUGGAAAGAGCAGCAAGCAGCCAUGAUGAAGGGUAGCAAGUUUACACCUGCACCAGCCAAAGCCAGGCUUGCAGGGGAAACCUGUGUCCCAUUAUGUCCUGCUUGUUCACUCUUCUGACGUGACAGCAGGAAAUACUAGGUAGCUCUAAUAGCUGUUUUACGAAGAUUAUUUUACUGGGUUUAGAAGUUUAUCCUGCAUAUCUAAAGAAAUCCUACAAGCAAUUAAUUACUGGUAAUUUGUAUUGAUACCUUUUGCUCUGAGGACCAUCUAAGACAUACCAGAAUUCAGAUUUCAAACUAGCCACUGCCAGUUUUGGUGGAGAUGAAUCAUGUCUACUUAAAGACCAAGUUCUCUUGAGUUAUGGGUACAAGGAACUUUAGCUCAUUUACUGCAUUUGCCUUGACUUCCCUGGCACCAAGAUUCUUGUGCAGUCUUUGCUCUGCAACUGUAUAUGGAUGUCAUUGUGCAGGAUCCUCUGAGAUUUAGCCUUGAGAUCAUAGCUCUGACAUCAUUGCCUGUUAGCCUUCCUCUCUGUGCCUCCUGUGUCCUUGUAAUUAGCGUGUGGGGAUGUGUUUAUUGACGCAGCACUGGAAUUACCAUCAAUCCAGAAUACCUUUUGCUGGUGCUUCUGCAGAAUAAUGGUAGUUACUCAUCUUCCAGUCAACUCCUGUGGUCAUUUUCCUGUCAUUUAGCAGCUGUAAAUGCAUCACAUCUGCUUUAAUGGACAGAAAACAAUUAUGGUUGGGGGAAAAAGAAAAGAAAAAAAAGGUAUAAUGGAUGUAGAUAAAAUGCUGAGUUGGAACAAUUUUGCAGAGCUGACCUUCAUGCUGGGAUUACUUUAUCAACAUUCUUCCUCCAGGAGUUGGAGGAAUACUUUAUUGAUGUGGAUUUAAAUAAUUCCAUCAGUGCUUUCUGCACCACUCGGACAAGAGUGAGAGACUUAGAACUGUAACAGGUUUGGUGUUCGACAAAGUCUGGCCUGUUCAGGGGUCUUUGUAGUUUGAUACACAGCUUGCAAAGAAUUGGUAGCAGUAGCAGGUGAAGUUAGAUCAGUGCAGAAAUUCAUGUGGUUGCAGCAUAAACAGAAACACUGAUCUGUGCUGUUUCUGAAACCGAGGUAAAAAUCAAGCUCCAGGCAGGCUGAAACAGCUCAGAAAGUUUUACUUGUCUUAGCUUUGAGUCAAGAAGAUCCCAUUCAGCACAAAUUGUCAUCUGCUGCUGACACCUGUCAGCAGUGAAGUGCUCUUUCCCUUAGGAAGGCAAACCAUGUGCCCAAAUCCUGACUAUUAGAAAACAGCCAGGCCCCCUGGGUCAUAGUGCAGUGUGAUUCUGUCUUGGCAAGCUCAGGUGGUUAAUUCUACAUGCUCUCCUCCAUAACAGGUGGAAGGAUUUAUUUCCUUUUUAACAAGGAGUUGGGGACUAGGCUGUAACUAAGUGAAUGUAUAUAGAGCUGAAACAGUGCAAACUGUCCCACUGUGGUGGGAGGAAGACCACACUUGAUUCAGGUAAUCCAGUUUUACUUAAGAUACUAAUACAUUCCCUUUAGCUCAGGUGAUGUAGCUGCUAAAGAAAAGUUAGUGUUUGGGCAGAUACUGACUUUUACAUUGCAAAGCUGCUUUGGAUAUAGCCGAGAAACAGAAUUCUCUGCAGCAGCUGAGAGAGAAACCCAGCACAAACCAUCUCCAACGGGAUUCAGCCAUAGCAGAGUAGGGAGCAAAGAGUCCCAGACAGGAACCAGAUAGUGUUUCUAGCCUGAACGUGCUACCGAGGCAUCUGUUCCUCUCCAGUCUUUGUUUGCUUAAGCACCUGAGAGGCCUCAUGGAGCAAUGAGUGCUACCACUUAGCCUCAGCUUGGCAGACCUCCAAGCCAAGAGGCUGUGGCUGAGGGAGGAUUGUAUUUGAUGACCUUUGGACAGCAUGUCAGGAGAGUCGCAGGAAGACAGCUGAGCUACAGGAAUGUUUUAUGCCCUGGAAUGACAAAUAAAGCAAGGGUAUGGAACAGUCAGCAAAAGAGAGCUUUAAAAAGAGAUGUAGAAUGCUCUGAUGGAGCCAGUCGGCACAUGGAAGGGUGUUCUUGUGCAGUGUGGCUGCAGCACGCUGAAGGAGCUGCAUCCCCUAGUCUGCAUGUGGCUCAUGAAGACCCUGUAUUAAUUCAGCUGCUGGGUCAGGCUGUCCUGACUGUUCUGUUGCUCACCUCCCAAAUGCACGGCCUAACCAUACAUCUUCACAAUCUUGCCAGGUCAGAGAUAAGGUGCACCUCAAAACACAGACCUGAUUUAUGAAACUUCCUACUGCAGCAUGUUUUAAAGGCCAAAACUAAAGAUGAGAAGGAAGCAAUUGGGUGAUUUUACAUAAAAACAACACAUCAGUGAUUGAGCCAUUACAUGACUUCUGUCUCAAAAGUCCCUAGGACUUGAAUCCCAGAAGCAGAAGGUUUUAAUGGCCUCCAUCAGAGUUGGGGUACUGGGGUAGGCAGAGCUGUCCUCCAAGGCAGUACGAUAUCUCUUACAUCAUUAUCUACAGGGAUAAGGAUCUACUUAUCCCAGGCACAGCUUCUAGCACAGAAGGGUAACACUGACUGAAAAACUCUUUGUCCAGUACAGUUUACUGAAAUUCUGCAAACAGCGUAGCUCUAAUUGCACUAAAGCAUUUGUUGGUGUAGGGGGAAGAGAGUAUGGAUAUUUUGUGUUCCUGUCCCAAUAUAUGUUCUUGGCAAAAAAUUUAAAUGUAGACCAAACUUCUGAAUAAAGUUAUCAUAGUUGUCAUCAGCA